GGGCUCGAAAACAACCGUCAUGGGCCAGAUGUCCGGGGAAACGGACGAGGCCUAUCAGGCCUGGAUGCUGCUUCUGAUUACCGAAGCCAAGCAACGGUCGGAUGUAGUAGCAGCCGCAACAAAGAAGAAGGCAGACGACACCGAGAAGGCAUGUCCGUUGGCAAUUGAACAGCAGCGCCAACAAGACGAGGCGGCAGCAAAGGCUGCUGAUGAAGAACGACUUCAACGACGCGAGAAUAUAUUCAACGGAGAGCGAGCUUUGCUCACAAUGGCAGCGGACUGGCGGGCUGAGGUUGAGAAUGGGAAGUUGGAAGAGAGUGGAAACAAGAUCGCUUUACUCCUCUUCCAUCUCACGGACCUCCGGGCCACGUGCAUUGCACACCAGGAGGACAUUGAUAACCUCAAUGACGUGGUUCAGACACACAAUCAGGUGUUUGACCAACUCACCGGCCACCUCCAGCAGCUGGAACAAACCGUCGCUGCCCCUGUUGCCAGCUCUUCCAACACCUCCGAUCGCCUCAAGGCAUUGGACAUUGACGUCGGAUCCCUCAAGGACGGCGUGCAGUUACAGCAAACUGCAACGCAACAGUUGGAGCAGCGGAUCUGUACUCCCGCCAACCACUCGAGCUCGGAACUGCGCGAGACAACUCCAAAGUUCAAUGGGCACGAGAUCUUAUGCGACUCGACGAAGACAGACCCGAUUCCAUGGUUCCGCAAGUUCGAGCUCAAGUUGCAGCUACACUACGUCAGCGAGCACAAGCAUCACGCGCAAUUAUACUCUCGCUCGGGGGCGCGUGUCAAGCAUGGCUGGACAAUCUCAUGUCCACGUAUGGAGUGGUUGCUGCGGACUUGCAUACCAAGAUCAGCUGGGAGGAUCUAAAGGCUGCGAGGCAUAAGCGGUUCCUCGUAGAGCCGCCGGAGAUCA